AUGACAAUCCCGAUGCCGUUUGGAUGUGAGGAAAUGCAACCAUCGGAAGUUCGCGUUGUCGGAAGCAACGGUGCGGUCCGUACCUCUUCUGAGGUACUGGAAGAUGCGUCCAUGACGGUAACUAAAGAACUUGAAUCACUAGAGUAUCUCAACACUCGCCAAGCAGUUAGUGAGAUUGCUCAACUUUAUGACAUCCCAACCGCCGAACUAUGGAUCUAUCACAUGAAGGGUGAAGAAGAGCUGGAACGAUUCUUCAAUAUUAAACAUGCAUCUGAGGCGCAACCCGAUCCUACUGGAGAGGAUGCAUUUUAA